UCGGGCCUGGGCCGCCGCCGCGUCCGCACUGCGCAGCCAUGUCCGGCCGCUCAGUGCCACACGCCCACCCGGCCACCACCGAGUACGAAUUUGCCAACCCGAGCCGCCUGGGUGAGCAGCGCUUCGGAGAAGGCCUCCUGCCAGAAGACAUCCUGACCCCCACGCUCUACCACGGCUACUACGUCCGGCCUCGAGCCGCCCAGGCUGGGGAGGGCAGCAGGGCAGGGGCCUCAGAGCUGAGGCUCAGUGAGGGCAAGUUCCAGGCGUUUCUGGAUGUAAGCCACUUUACCCCAGACGAGGUGACCGUGAGGACUGUGGACAACCUGCUGGAGGUGUCUGCCCGGCACCCCCAGCGCCUGGACCGCCAUGGCUUCAUAUCCCGAGAGUUCUGCCGCACCUAUGUCCUGCCUGCGGACGUGGACCCCUGGCGAGUCCGAGCUGCCCUCUCGCACGAUGGCAUCCUUAACCUGGAGGCGCCUCGGGGUGGCCGACAUUUGGACACAGAGGUCAAUGAGGUCUACAUCUCCCUGCUCUCAGCUCCUCCUGAUCCAGAGGAAGAGGAGGAGGCAGCCAGAGUUGAGCCUUGACGGUCCCAGGCCCAGCCCCCAGCAAGUCCCUCUCCACCUCCCACGUUGACGCCAGCAGCUGCCGGCCAAAGGUGCAGCCUCCUUGGGGGAAGGAAAGGACGCGUGGUCCACAAUGUAUGGUUUGGUCCCAAGGGACGUGUCAUAGCCUUCAGUUUAGUUUUGGAUGGAGCCGAAUAAACCCAAAUCUCAGGGC